ACAGGAAGGCGGAGCCGCGGCUUCCGGAACCUCCUCCUCCACUCCUGGCGGUGGCUGUGUGGGGCUGGAGGCAGCUGAGCUUUUUAGCCGGUGAUGGCCGCGGCUGUCGCUAUGGAGACAGAUGAUGCUGGAAAUCGACUUCGGUUUCAGUUGGAGUUGGAAUUUGUGCAGUGUUUAGCUAACCCAAAUUAUCUUAAUUUUCUUGCCCAAAGAGGUUACUUCAAAGACAAAGCUUUUGUUAAUUAUCUUAAGUACUUGCUUUACUGGAAAGAACCAGAAUAUGCCAAGUAUCUAAAGUACCCUCAGUGUUUACACAUGUUAGAACUACUCCAGUACGAACACUUCCGCAAGGAGCUGGUGAAUGCUCAGUGUGCGAAAUUUAUUGAUGAGCAGCAAAUUCUGCACUGGCAGCACUAUUCCCGGAAGCGGAUGCGCCUUCAGCAAGCCCUGGCAGAACAGCAACAGCAAAAUAACACCUCAGGAAAAUGAAAAGCUGGAUCCAGACCAGGCUCCUAAGACUGUAUAUGUUGCUUCUGUACAGUGAAGACCAAAAAAAAAAGACUCAACUUACCUACUUUCUUGUGCUAGCACUGAGUACCUUUGGUGUGCUAUUUAAUCCAACUAACUUUUCAUUGUCAGUAGAUUAUUUCUGUUAAGCCAAAACUGUUCUUCGAUUUUCCUCUGGAUUUGUAAAUUUUUAUUAGUAUUUAACACACUCAACUAAGGACAGAAACAUUUGGUGCUUUAGACCAGUUUAAGGAGGCAGUGAGGAUGGGGUAGAGGGAGGGCCGCCAAACAUCCUGAACUCAGCCAGGCCCUGUUCCUGAUAUACAGUGGGGGCUGGGGCAAGUCCAUCUUCUGGAACCUUACUGUCCCUCAGGUCAGCUACCCCACCCUUCUUAUCUACGUAGUAGUCAUUGACUAUUCCUUAUCCACAUAAGAAAUAGAGUCAAUGACCUCUUUAAAUCCCAGAGCAGGAACGGCAUAAGGUUUUUACGUUCUGCAAGAGAAGAGGACAUACCCGUCUCACUACUUGCUUUGCAAAGAGCUUUAAUGGAAGAAUCAUUGCUAUGUCGCUGACCUAGUGAUGGCAGGGAGAUGGAUAGUUAACUAAUUGGACUCUUGACCUUAGACUAGAACAAAGAUGAGGAAUUUCAAAUACUUGUGCUCAUGUGGCAAAGCUAACGUUUAUUUGGCAGACACCACAAACCAGGCACCGUGUUAGUGCUUAGCUGCAUUUUCAUGUCAGUCUUAGAACAGUCUUUGUUCAAAAGGGGGAGACUGAGGCUUAGACAGUUUACGUAACUUGCCUAUGGUUACACUGCUAGUAAGUGGUAAUCCGAGUGUGCCUGAGUCAGGUGGAAUCCUUCCUCCCGCUUGGCUGUAUCGGCUCUGGCCUCUGCUCCCUGCCUCAUCCCAAGUAGUGAGGUACGUUCAGACUGUGAAACAAAGCUGCCUGUAUGAAGUGGGGCUGGAUUAGAUGUGCUGUGCUGUGGUUAGCUUAAGUUCUGCAUUCUAAAGCCCAAAAGGCGUUUUAGGAAAAAUAGUUCUUUGUAAAUUCAUGGAAUUUAAAUUAAAAGAUCCUAAAAUUCAUUCAAAGAUUUGGAAGCAAAUUCACUAUUAGGGGCUUUCAGAUAUUCCUAUUAUCUCCAAUAACACAUUCCUUUGUGCUAUUACUACCACUCCUGAAGACUUAUUUUACCUAUAUCUUAAAGAUAUCCAUAUAUUACAAACAAACAGGGUUCAUGAGCAUUUGUAUAGCACUCCAAUGUUUAGACAUGCCAUUUUUAAAAAUCAUCAUUUAUUUAUCCUAACAUGAAUUCAAAGCAAGCAUGCAAUUUCUUUUAUACUAGAAUAAAUCAGGAAAUCAAGACACAACUGUCAUAAUCAAAUCUUAAUCUUCAGUGAACAACAUCUCCACGAGGUUGGCCUGAAGACAUUCAGAUUCCACCAGUUUCUGAGGCUGUAAGAGAAGAACAUUCAAAUCAUAACCCACAGCUACAAAAAUGUUAUUAGGAGGGAACAGAGUUGUUCAGCCUUGAAUGACACAAAUAUUUAAACAGAAAGUACGCCAUUCAGAAACUAUUAACUAGUUGUAACAAGUUUUAUGAAACACUUAAGAUAUUUGCUCUAAGUUCAGUCAUUAAAAUACAUGGCUCAAAACUUAGACUAAAACAGGAGACAGCAAGUCCAGUGCCACCCCUUUGCCCUCUACUCUUUAGUUUAGAAUCCCAGGGCUAUGACUAGAAGUUCCUUCUCAACCAGAAUUAUGGGUUAACUGGCAAGCAGCCAUUGAUGCCAGUGUUUAAGAAACCAUGUGUAAAUCAACUUUCUUGAGCAGUGCUUAUAGAAUUUUAAAUUAAUAACUUUUAAAAAGCAUAAAAAGAUGUAAUACUUAGCUAUUUACAUUACUAACAGUUUAUUGGGAUUGUCCAUAGGGGAUGGACAGAUGCACUCUGAACAGCACUGUGAUGUUUGGAUGAAAUGUCAAGACCUCUCAAUAUGUGAAUCCAGAAUGAGUUAAAAGAGGGGUGACAGGGUGAACGGUAACCCCAACAUAGUUGAAGAAAGAUACUCACUGUCCCAUAUUUAAGGAGUGUAGGCACUGCGGUUAUCUUCAGGUUUGUUCUGAAGUCAUUAUUUGGGUCUUUCCAACUAUUUUGAAAAGAAAAAGUGAUCAAAACAUUUUACUAUGUUUCUUAUAUUUUGUUUAAUAUUUGAUAUAUUCCUACAUUUAGUUUUUUAGUAAUCACUUUGUUGUAAACUUUUAAAAAACCUUAAGAACUGUGACUUACCUAUUCCCCUGUGUAAGUUUCCUUUAAAGUGUGAUUAAGAUAUGUAUGUAAAGACAGUUAAGUUCUGAACUAA